AUGAACUGGGACACUCCGCCUAUCACGAACCCGGACUGGGACGGUGUCGGCGACUCUCAAAUGAACGACGCUUGGGAUGCCGUUCGAUAUAACUAUGAAGAUGUCGAGCAACCCGGGUUGAUUCGUGAAGUCAAGGAUGCCUUUGCCAAAUUCGACAACCAUGGCCGGUUCGUCAAAUGGCUUGACGAGAUGCCCUAUGGUGAGGUGCUGAAGGAUAUUCGUGAAAUAAAGCGAGUUCGGGGUAAAUAUGCUGUUGUCUGUGGCCGUUUCCCAACCAAGGACAGUACUUGGGAGGUCCGAACCAUCUGGAUCAACAACCCCGUCCUUCAAGCAAUUCUCUUCGACGUCUUCAAAGGCCAUCCUGAUGUGACCGGCGGCAAAGACAUCCUUGAAUUCAAAGCGCCAUUUGUUCCUCUCAUUCAUCGCUGGGAGCAGCUAUGCAAGCUGGCACACGACAACGCCGGUUCUGAGAAGCAGGAGCUCAUGAAACUCUUUGUCGAUAUGCUCAAGGAGGAGCUGCAAGACACUCUCAGUCGAGUCAAGAGAAUCAAGGAGACUGGGUGCGCUUCUUGGGAAGACCUUGAGUUUGUCUUCAAGCCUGGCCAGCUCUUCUUCCGCUCAGAAGACCCGAUAGCUGCAGGAAUUUCCCACACAUAUAAGGAAGGUUUUCUUUCAGUGUACCAGAUUGCUUGGACUGGUUCAGAAUAUUCUACGUGCAGUUCCAUAUUCGUGGUCCCUGUCUUCCACGGUACCCGGCCGCUCUCUGAUCUCAUCGUCAGGCCGAUCUGGGCAUGCCCCGAGAAUGAUGUCAAUUCUCUAAAGGCUGCCCUCAUCAGACGUGGACGUAAGUAUGAAGACCUACGAGGCAUACAUUUCCGCUUUCAUCAAAGCCCGACCCAGCCGGGUAAACCUCAGCCACGCGAAGAACCUCCUUCAGAUUGCCAUGAAACAGAGGGGCGAGUUAUCGUUGAUACAGACGAGCAUAAUGAUGGCUGGGGUCAGUGUGUAGGAUCCCGGCACUACCUAAAUAUCCACGACGCCAUGAAGGCGGAUAGUGACGACUCCAAGCCCUCUACGCCUGAUGAUCACCAAGAAUCUCAGGAAGCCAGCGAUCCGAAGGGCGAAGAAAGAGAUGGCUCUGGCCGCCUUACGGAUGAGGAAGCCAUGUUAACUGUCUCAACUGUAAACUGCUUCUCGAUCGAACGAAAGGUGUGGUGCUAUUCCGAGAUCGACCAUCUCACCGACAUUGAAUGGAACACUCAGGCCAUCAACAACCUCGUCAUCGAUGAAGCAGAGAAGAGACUCUUGGUGGGGUUUGUUGGCGCAACAAAGAACGGACAGUUGCAGCAUUUCGACGACUUUGUCCAUGGAAAGGGAAAGGGUCUUGUCAUGCUCUUGUGUGGCCCCCCCGGUACGGGAAAGACAUUCACUGCAGAAUCUGUCUCCGAGAAUCUGAAGCGUCCCCUCUACCGCAUUGAUAGUUCGGAUCUUGGAAUGGAUACCUCCAAAUUGGAGGGCAAUCUCAAGACUGCUCUUGAUCGCUGUUCCCGCUGGGAUGCCAUUCUCUUACUUGAUGAGGCCGACGUAUUCCUUGAAAAGCGCACCAGCAGUAACCUCAAGCAGAACGAGAUGACCACCAUUUUCCUUCGCCUCCUGGAAUACUACAAGGGUCUCAUGAUUCUAACCACCAACCGCUACCCUGCCAUCGACCCCGCGUUCGAGUCACGCAUCGACCUUUCGUUCGUCUUCCAGGAUCUUGAGCCUGCCUCACGAGGCAAGAUCUGGUACAACUUCCUCGUCAGAGAGAACAAGGAGCUGGCUGAGGACAGUAACGCGAUUGCGAAACUGGCCAGCAUGCCUCUGAAUGGCCGGCAGAUCAAGAGUGCCGUCAAAACUGCUCGAAUCCUGGCUGCCAGCGAGAACUUGCCUCUUGCAGUUGAUCAUUUGCAGACGGUUGUUUUCAUGCGAAUGAAGUCAUUGAAGAUGCUAGAGUAG